AUGGUUACCCCUCAAAAUCUUUCUUGGCUCAACUGCCAGCUGAGAAUCAUAAGAGCGAAAAAUCUCGAUUUCAUAUCGACUGGAAACCUCUUUGUGAGAUUCUAUCUCUCUGCUGGAAAUAACGGGAGGGUCCGGCUUAACAGUCGAGAAAUCCCAUCAACCAGUGACGACCCGUACUGGAACGAGUCCUUCUCGUUGGAAUGUUUUGGAACCCAAGAUCCCAUGGAGGUAUUCAAGCAACAAACAGUAACGUUCGAGCUUAGAUGGAGAAGCAAAGCACCGAUUCUCGGGAAGAUCGGCGGGUCUAAGCUCUUAGGUAGAGCAGAAAUAGCUUGGAAAGACGUGUUGGAUUCACCCAAUUUGGCAAUUGAGAGAUGGGUUACUACAAUUCCCACGAACAGCCGUGUUCUCGAAGGCCUGAAGCCACCUGCACUGCAGAUAGAGAUGACGAUUCGAAUGCCCGGAACGCCGGAGAUAGCAAAACAGGGGAGGGAAGCAAGGUCGACGAGGUGGAGUGAGUGUGGGUGCAAGCACGGAGACUGCAGUGGUGGAGAUGACGACAUUUUUGCACUGGCGGCAGCCUUGGAGGCGUUGUAG